ACUUUAGACUUUCAAGGUUGUCAAGUGUCAAGAGAAAGUGUCAUGCAAAGUUUAUUAUAACGUAAUUUGAUUGAACGUAAUUUCUUUUCUACAUUUCGACAGAAUUAAGGAGUCAGCUGAUACUCUUGCUUUGUAAAUAUUUUGAACAAUGGGAAUCGACUAAAUUCUAAAAUUAUCCGACUAACGUAUACUUUUGAAAAGAAAUGGAGUCCUUUUUAGAUUUAUUUGACACAGGAGAAAACAAACCAAGAAGAAAAAAAUCUUGGAAUGAAUCUGAUAAUGAAGACACAUUUGAUUUUAGUAAUAGUACUAAUAACGACAAUGAAGACAGGCUACCUCCAGAACCUGAACAAGGAAAUAUAGAGUACAAAUUAAAGUUGAUUAAUCCAUCAAGUCAAAGGUUUGAACAUUUGGUAACUCAAAUGAAAUGGCGUCUACAAGAAGGUCAUGGAGAAGCUAUUUAUCAAAUUGGUGUAGAAGAUAAUGGAAAACUAGCUGGCUUAUCAAAAGAAGAUAUGAAAGCUUCUUUAAAAACCUUACGAGAUAUGGCUACUAGAUUAGGUGCAACAAUAACUGUUCUUAGAGAGCGAACAGCUCAUAGAAAUUACACAAAUAAGGAUUCAAAAACUAAUAAUAAUAAAAAUAAAGAGAAAAAAGUAGCUGAAGUUUUAAUUCGUAAGGUGAGAAAAGAUGAUAGAGAUGAAGAAAGUGUGAUUGAUUUACGAUUAGCAGUGAUGGGUGGUCAAGAUGCGGGAAAAUCAACAUUACUAGGGGUUUUAACACAAGGAGAACUGGACAAUGGUAGAGGGAGAUCAAGAUUAAAUAUGCUCCGCCAUUUACAUGAAAUAAAGUCAGGGAGAACAUCAUCCAUUUCUCAUGAAAUUAUUGGUUUUGAUAAUGAAGGUCAUGUAUUAAAUUACGCAGAAAUGACUACUGCAGAAGAAAUUUGUGAACAUGCUUCAAAAGUUGUGACUUUUAUAGAUUUAGCAGGACAUCGAAAAUAUUUGAGAACGACAUUGCUAGGACUAACGGGUUAUUCCCCACACUAUGUCAUGUUGGUUGUUGCACCACCUGUUAAUGAAGUAGUGCAAGAGCAUGUAGCAUUGUGUUUAGUUUUGCGUCUGCCAUUGUUUGUUGUAGUUACAAAAAUUGAUUUAGGAUACUCUGACCCUCGUGAUACUCUAGCUCAUUUAGAAAACAUUGCAAGGUUACAAGGGUGUGAUAAAAAAUUUGUUCUUCAUAACGACAAUGGAGAUAUUCAAAACAACGAUCCCGACGUGAUAUCAGUGUUUCCAGUUAGUUGUGUAACAGGCGAAGGUUUAGAUAAGCUAACAAAAUUCAUUCGAGAUUUAUCCCCUAUAGAAUCUGCAUCACCAGGUUCAGAUUCCAAUUCUUGUUUGUUUCAAAUAGAUGAAACUUUUCGGGUAGCUGGCUCUACAGAACCUGUGUUAGGUGGAUUACUAGUGAAAGGAGUGAUUGCUUUAGGGACACGACUACUUGUUGGUCCAUCUCAAAAUGGAGAAUUCAGUCCUGUAAAAGUCGUCAGUUUACAUCGUAAUAAGGCGCCUUGCUGCCUUGUAAGAUCUUCGCAAAGUGCUAGUUUAACACUUGCUCCUCCAACAAAAAGAGAUCCUCCUUUACCUCAUUUACGACCUGGAAUGGUUCUAGUCUCUAUUGGAGAUCAUCCUCGUGCAACCCUUUUCUUUCAAGCGACUGUGAUAGUUGUGUAUCAUGCUACUGCAAUCUAUCCAGGAUUUCAGGCUACUAUUCACAUUGACAAUGUGAGACAAACUUGUAUAAUUGAAGGAAUAAUGGAUAUUAAAGAAGGUGGAUUGCAAACAAACGAUACUGCAUCAGUAUUGUUUCGUUUUCUCAAUCAUCCUGAAUACUUACACGUUGAUAUGCGACUUUUGUUGCGGGAAGGACGUACGAAAGCCAUAGGAAAAAUAACACAAAUUUUUCCUUUAGUUAAUUCACAGAACGGCGAAGAAUAAACUGUUGAGCAUGAGCUAAAUUUAUAACGAGUAUAAAUUUACAAUCUUAUUGACGGUAUUAUCAUAUUAUUCUUAUAUUAUUAUUAUUAUUAAUAAUAAUAAUAAAUGCUUAAUUAAUUAAUUAAUUAAUAAUUAUUAUUAAUAAUAAUUAUUAAUUAUUAUUAAUUAUUAAUUAUUAUUAAUAAUUAAUAAUAACUUCUUCUACUUAUAUUAUUUUGUUAACAAGUAACAAUAGUGCUGUGGAAUUUUAAAUAUCUUUUCUUUAAAUUACAAAAAAAAACUAUUUUUCAACCAACUCAUGAGUCUUGAUGUGUCUUGAUACUUACAAACAUAUUUAUUCAAUCAUGAAAAACUUAUGCAAAUGUAUAAAUACAAUAGUAUAAUUUAUAAUUAUUAUUAUUAUUUAGAAAAACUAGUAUCAUAUGUAAGCAAUCAUAAUUGAAUGAUCCCGCUUGGAGAAACGCAAAUGAGAUCUUUAAAAAAUAGAAAUUUCAUAAGAUUUCUUAUAUGGGAUCUCUAAAAAAAUUACAUAUAUUUUUGAAAAUGGAACAUUUUCAUUGAAAACUUAACAUUAGAUAUAUAUUUUUAAAUAUAUAAUAAAAAAUAAAAACGAAUGUAAAAAUUUAAUUUAUUUUUACUAUUAUUGAUAUAAUUGAUUUCUCAUAUGAAAUCUCAUGUAGGGAAUCUUUUAAAAUUAAAUGUUUUUUUUAUCCCAUGUGAAUGGGUUUUUUUCAAGCGGUAUAAUUGUAACUUAAUUCGAGUUGUACAUAAGACCAAGUAUUAAAAUUAUUUCUAGAAACCCGUUAUAUAUAUAAAAUAAAAAUAUGACCACAUUAUGUGAGUGAAUUGAUAAUCGUAAAAAAUAUCUUUAUUUCAUAAAUAUAUGAUAUUUAUUUUGAAAAUGGAUAAUUUUUGUAAAAUAUUUUACAUUAAAAUAAACAGUGUA